AAUUUAUGAAGUUUUGUCACAUUUUAAAAUCCGAACAUUGUCAAUGAUUGUCAAGCGCGACCAGUCGAUACAGUUCUUGUGAGACGAAGAGAAAUUCGAGAAAUGAACGAAGGCAACGCUUUGUAGGUCGAAGAGUCAUCCACUUGUUCUUACCUCUAUCUUUCUCCAUUUUGAUGAUUUUUCAUAGUUGGACAUAGUUUGUAGUAUCACUCAUGUUUUACGCAACAUCGUAUUCUGAAGAAAAGAGUAUUACGGAGAGCGAGAAGAACAGAGAAGUUUCCAGAUGGCUGAACCAUGAGGAAGAUGAAGAAUUGGACGACGAGCUGAAGGAAAUUUUCAGAAAUGACGAGGAAUUUGCUUCGAAAAUUGUGAUGAGCUCUUCCACUUCUGAAUCCGAGGGAAACGUUGAAGGCGCAACUGAAGGCAUCCAGGACUUCCACAUCCCCGAACCCACUUCAGACGAUGAAAAGGAGAGAAACAGACCAGGAAAAGUUUUCAUAAUUGGCGCGAGCAGGAAGGACUACAGAACACCCGGACAAAUGGACAUAAAAUCAACUUCUGAUGAAUCGGAACCGGUUAAGCAGUUCCAUCUGUACGUAACGUCGUUCGAGAACAGGGACAGAUCCAGGCCCCUCAUCACUGUCGAAAAAUUCAGGAAAGCCGUCGAAGACGUUAUAGCGAGCUCUCAGAUGCUGGUGCUACAAGUGCGUUGCGGUCUUCUGGUGACCGUCACCAGGCAAACGGACGUCGACAAGAUUCUGAAGACCAAUUUUCCGAAAAUCUUCGGUAGUCCGGUCCAGAUUGCCAACAUUUCAAAGAACGACCCACCGUUCAGACGGAGGGUUUUCUUUAGGACCAUACCUUGGAUAAUCACGCUGAGGGAGAUAAGAUGUUGCCUGGAGAGGCAAGGGAUAAGGUACGGACGAAUAAAGAGGGUGAAAAACGUUGUCAAAGUUGAAAUUUUGAAUUCGAAUCACGAAGAGCGACUUUUGAAAGAGGGGUUGAACUUUUAUAACACUGUAUCUUUUAUGGGUAUACCAGAAAUACCGCACUACAGCGACAGGUGUAGGACGAAAGAGGUUAUUCAGUGUUAUAACUGUCAGGGAUUUUGGCACACUGCCACCAACUGUAAGAACGAAGUCAGAUGCGUGAGAUGUGGGGAGCAUCACGAGGUGGAGCAAUGCAAGACUUCGAAAAACAACCCGUUGUGUUGUAAUUGUCAUGGAAAUCACCACGCCGCAUAUAAACUUUGCCCGGUGCGCUUGCAGAUGAUGAGUUAUAUUAACCUCAGUUACAAGACUGUCCCUAGAAGCCCAAACUUUUUGACCAGAGCUUCUACAUCUUGAACCAAAAGAAAAUAUUAAGUUUGUAGAGUUUUUUCGCUUUAAUAAAGCAGAUUCCAUAAG